AUGGGAUCCGUACAUAGUGUUCUGCCAGAAAUCUUUCCUUUCUUGUACAGCAGUCAGAUAGCGGAACUGAAGAAAGAGGUGGAGCAAUUGAAGGCCCAGCUAAAGCGUUCGAAAGACUUCCUGUAUCAUCUGCGCAAUGCUCGAGAUGCUCUGAAGAAAACCCAAGACGGCCGUAAAAAUGUAGUUGUCGUGAUGGGCUCCCAGGGAUCAGGGAAGACCACACUGAACCACUACCUCUUUGAGGUAGAAGGAGAGGCGCCCAUUGACGACGACAACCAUGGGACAAAAGACCUGUCUCUUGCUCAUUCAGGCGUCUUGGAUGCGGAUGUGGUUGAUACCAUUGGCAAGACACCGAACGCACAAGGGAUGAUGCGAGUGCUUGCAUGCGUCUACAAUCGCGGUUGGAACCCUGUGGCUGUCAUUGUGGUCCACACUGGCCGAGCAGGGUUCUACGAGGUAGUUGCCAGUCACCUUUGUGCAAGCAAGAUCAACCUUAUUGACUUUUCGCCGAAAGUGUUUUGGAGGAUGGUGAAUGAAAGCGACUUUGAAGUUGAUGCAGCUCUUGAGGCCACUAUUUUCUGCCCGAAGGAUAUGAAGGCUUUGCCUCAUAUUCACGCCUUGGGAUUUCCGAAAGACGGAGGAAAAGUAAAAUUUGCAAAAUCUCACAUCACAGAUGGCAACAUCUCCUAUGCCCCUUGCCAGCUCACAGCAGAUUUGUUGAACAUGAUUGACAACCUCAAGUGGGAAGUCGAUCCACCUAGUGGCGAUCUUGAUACCGGGACGAUCUUGAGCUACUACAUGGUCGAAUGUAUUUCCAAGCGUGCGCGCUUUGAAGGGUCGGAUCUUGAUUUCAUCGAUGCGGAGUGA